AAAGUUAAUCCUGAUCUUGUUUUAUUCGAUUUUAAUCUGUUUAGUAUAUGUAGCUAUAAUAAUUUAUUUAGUAUAUGUUUUGAAUAGUAAAUAUUAAAAUAAUUUUAUUUAGUUAUACAUUUAAUAAAAAAUGGCUGGAGAAAGUAAAGGGCACAAUUUUGAAGAUGUUAAAAGCAUUUCAGAUUUUCUUCUUUCAAAAACCCAAUUAAGACCAACUAUUGGGGUUAUUUGUGGAUCAGGUCUUGGGGGUUUAGUAAAUAAUAUUGAAAACAAAGAAGAGUUUUCCUAUGAAGACAUUCCAGGAUUUCCAGUCAGCACAGUGAAGGGUCAUGCUGGAAAAUUAGUUUUUGGAACAAUAAAAGAGAAAAUUUUAGUAUGCUUGCAAGGGAGAUUUCAUUUUUAUGAAGGCCAUGGAAUUAAUAAGUGCACUUUACCUGUUAGAGUUAUGGCUUUGCUAGGGAUUAAAACUUUAAUUGUCACAAAUGCAGCAGGUGGUAUUAACAGAGGUUUCAGUGUUGGUGAUAUCAUGGUAAUUAAGGACCAUAUUGGAAUUCCGUGUUUAGCUGGAAUUAGUCCAUUAGUAGGGUUAAAUGAUGAAAGAUUUGGUCCACGUUUCCCAUCCAUGAAUGGAGUUUAUGAUAAUAAUUAUCAAAAAUUAGCAUUAGAUAUAUCUGGAGAAUUGGGCUAUGGAGAUUUUAUAAAAAGUGGUGUUUAUUGCAUGGUUAGUGGACCUUGCUAUGAGACUCCAGCAGAACUAAGAUUUAUACAAACGAUUGGUGGUGAUGCUGUUGGUAUGAGUACUGUACCCGAAGUUAUUGUUGCUGCACACAUGGGUAUCAAAUGUCUUGGAUUAUCUCUUAUCACUAACUACUGUAUAUUAGACUAUGAAACUAAGAAUGCUCCUAACCACGCAGAGGUGCUUGAAGUUGCUCAACGAAGAUCAGAAUGUGUUCUUGAGAUAGUUACAAAGUUUAUUGCAAAUAUUGAGUGAAAUUAUAAUUUUUUAAAGGUUUUGUAUCAAAUAAUUGUGUUUGUUUUAUAAAAUUAAUAUUUUUAAAAUAAAAAAUUAGACUUUAUAAAAGUUACAAGUAAUUUGUGACAAAAGGAACCCUAAAUAAUAUUAACUUAAGAGCAUACUUUUAAAGUUUGUCAAGGACUGUUUAGCUAGGAUAACCAUCAAUUGUUUAAUGAUUUCUUUUCUCUUUUUUUUUUUUGUAUUUGAAUGUAUUUGCAUUGAAUGUAGUUUUGCUUAAAUUAUAAUCUCUAUAUCUGCAUUCUUUCUUUUGAAAAAUAGUUUUUGUAAAACCAAUUGUAAAUUUGUAUGAUUUUUUAUAUUAAUCUUUUAAUUUAAAAUAUGGUUUAUAUAAUUUAUAUAUAAUUUAAUAAGAUAACAAUUGUGGUACGACAUAUUGAUGGAACAUAUAUUUAUUAUAAUAAAGUAAAUAAUUAAAAGUUAAACUAUACUACAAUAAAAAAAGUUGUAAUUUAUAUUAAUUAGUAUGAUGAAAAAAAAUUAUUUUAUAAUAA